GUCGGACGUGAAAAUCCCUUGCCAAACUUAUAAACAGUUUCGGAGAACUGCAAACAGCUGUCGCAGUUGAGUCACACGCCAUGAAUUUCGCCUGGUGUUUACUGCUUUUCUUGGUCUUGGCCUUCAAAUCGCCUUUGAACUUGGCGGCCUAUACAAAUGGCAAUGAAAACUGCCCUGCGGAGAGACAGAUGUGUUUAAAAAAUGGAACCUACAAUCACUGUGCCGGUGUGGAAGCAAGAUAUCCGGGGAAAACCAUGGAGACCGGCAUAGUGUACUGUGACUCGAUGUUCUGCGAACCGGAAGAGUUCCAGCAUGACUAUAUCACCCGCAACCACGAUCAAACACCGCACUUGAACAAAUGGAAACGGACCAAAAUCGGCGAACGUGCCACUUUGCACGACAUUUGUUUGUUGAGCAGUGGAAUGCCGGUCACGAGGUGGUGCAAACUGCAAAACUUUCGAGCUCACUGGGAGUCCACGGACGACUGGGAUCCUGUGGUCUGUCUCAGGCGUGUUAGGGAGCACACCAUCAGUGGCGAUCUGAACAGCCUGCACGAUGACAUCCUCGAGGGCAGGCGACGCACCAAUGACACCCAAGGACGUCGUGAGAUGAGCGGCAUCAUGAGGAACAUGUUCCGACAAAGGGAUAGGACCCUUCUGCCCGUCGAUGUGCACAUGACGGGCCAGAUGCUGGGCACUCUAAUGCAACAGGACAAGGAUGCGGUUGUCAGUGUGGACCUGCUCAGUGUCUGCAAGGAGAUAAUGUCCUGUGACUCUAAGGUGCUCCAGUUAUCGGCCAAACUUAAUGCCACCAACUCCCUUUUGAGCCAAUUUGAAAACUACAUGGACGCUCUCCCGGACCAAAUGGUUCCCAAGGAAAGAUGUGGAGAAGUGGUGGCCAAGCCAACUAGUGAUGAAACUGAAACGGCGACCACUGGAGUGGAAACGUACGACUUCGCUGAUAUUGGAGUCCAAGCCUUAAUUACCAGCAACAUUAGCGUGUUCUUCGCCAAUCCAGAUUGCGGCAGUAUUACUGGCAUAGCCAUAUAUUCGGCUCCAGCUGAGGAUCGAACAACUUCCGCCAGUGGCUUCUAUUACCGCUUUAUAAUGUUCACUGAUGACUUGGCUGAAAUAAAGCAAGAGUCCCAUCUGGAGACAGCUGCCUUCCUGCCGAAGUAUCUCUGGAGGGAGGUGAAAAACAGGGGAGCUACGUAUCUUAUUUUCAAAGUCUAUUCCCACGAUGCUCUCUUCGUGGAAAACUCAGAGCAACGCAAUCGCAGGCCUCGCAGCAAGGUGAUCUCCAUUUCAAUUCCGGGAUUGGAUAACAACAAACUUACUCUGCCGUUGCCCAUUCUGCUUCGGAAUGAAAACCUUCGUGAUCCAGAUACCAAGGCCCUUAGUUUGGGCAGUGGAUGUGGCUAUUGGAACUACGAGACCUGGCUGAGCGAGGGAGUCACUACCAGUGGCAGUUCAGAUCUGCUCACUGAUCCCAUCAUCGAGUGCCAUACGUACCACCUCACUCAGUUCGCAUUUCUGGUGGGUGGCAGCUAUCGCACCAACGACCUUGGAGAGCAGGUUCUGAUCACUCCCAUUAAUGCGAAAGUGCUGGACAUUAUCUCGAUCGUGGGAUGCAGCCUUUCGCUGCUGGGAGUGCUAGGCAUUUUCCUCACAGCAGCUCUUUUUAAGAGUUGGCGCAGUCAGGCCUCCACGAAGGUUCUACUCCACCUUUGCCUGGCCAUGGGGCUUCAGAUGGUGCUCUUCGUGUUCCUGAACACAGAUGAUAUUUCCGAAGAACUGGUCGCCAAUGGAGACACAGUCCGUUGUGUGGCCCUGGGAGCUGCCAUGCAGUACUCCAUUCUAGUGCUCUUCAGUUGGAUGCUGAUCAUCGCCUUCCUGCAGUUCCAGCGCUACGUGACCGUCAUUGGAAUCGAAAGACCCCGUCACUAUAUCCUCAAGGCUGCCCUUGUGGCCUGGUCACUGCCACUGGUUCCCACCCUGCUGGUGGCCCUGAUAGACCCAGAUUCGUACAUUCCCACGACUGAGCAACUGCAAACGGACACCGGAAUCUGCUAUCCAUCGGGUUAUGGUCUGAUCUUCGGAGUGGUCCUCCCAGUGACCCUCAUCACGAUGUCUAACCUGGUGAUCUUCGUUUAUGUGUUCUACAGCAUCUCGCACUCGUUGAGCCAGAGCGUUCACAAAUCCGAAAGGAGAAUGGUGGUCAAGCAGAUUCGACUGUCCAUAAUGCUUUUCUUCUUGCUGGGUCUCACCUGGAUCUUUGGAAUCUUCGCCUUCAUGAAGGCGGGAGUGGCCUUCUCGUAUCUCUUCUGCAUCACGGCCACCAUGCAAGGAUUCGUGAUGUUCGUCUACUUCGUCCUUUUGGACUCAGCGAACCGACGGGCGUGGGUGGGUCUCAUCUGCCCCACCAAGAUGGAGUUGGAUGUCGUGAAGCGCACCACCGAGCUCCAGUCCAUGACCACCUCAUCCACCAACUACACGAGCAGAUCGCAGAAUUAGUUACAUCCUCUUCGAAAAUCCCAACGAACAAAAGGUCCAGAACCGUGUAUAAAUGUGUAUUCUUAUUUAUUAAUUACCUUAUAAUUUGCCAAUAUUUAUAGUUUCUUAUUUAACUAGUAGAUUUGUAUAUUAUUGUUCAACACACGAAUA